UACCCAUUGCUGGGCAGCGGUGUUGAGAGCUAGCUCUGUGGGGCAGCCCUGGCUUGCUUCGCGACCGAGGAGGAGCCAUCCUUUUCCCCUGCAGGACCUCAGAGACCGGAAAGAGAAACACAGUUGUGACGCCCAAGCAUCCGUGACACCCUAACAUCCGCCGCCCACCUACAGAGCCUAGGAAGAAAUACGGAUAUGGGGGCCUGACUAGAUGCUAUUCCCUUUCUCAGUGACAGCCCACCAAAGCUAUUCUGAACUUGAACUCUUGUGCUGCUGAUUGCACAACUGGCAGGCCAGUGGUUUCCCGAUGGGAAACGUAAUGAAGAGGAUGGUGGGUUCUAUCCAGAAGCUAUGGCAUAGUCUCAAUGGCUUGAGCAGCCUGAACUUCAACCUCCUGUGGACAGAGGUUGACCACAUCAGGAGCCUAGCUCUCUCUCAUAGAGGGCACCAGUUGCAAAGGCUGAAAGUGAAAUAAUGUUCCUACUGAAACAGAGGGAAGGCACAACCCAGGAACAUUACUUUGGGUAUGCUUACAUAUUAGGCUAAAAAAAAAAAGACCAAACAUCCUAUGUUCAGAUGCCCUAUUGUGCUCAGGCGUGGCUAGCAUCCUUGCAUGUGUGAGAAACACCUGGUGGCCAAAUAUCGCCAUGCCACCAUCGACCCAUUCCAUGAUGAGGUGUCUGGAAUAGAAACCCAGUCUUUUAAUAAUCCAUAUGACGGAAAGAAACAUGAAAUUGUUCUCUGGUAGGGUGGUUCAGGGGGAAUAAACCUUUUGUGACUGACUGACUCAAGUCAAGAGAGUCCUGCCAGAUUGAAAUAUGUCAAAAGAACAAAAUUUCAAGCCCUUAAUGAAAACCCUUAGGGGCCCUGCCUGAGAGGUCAUGCAUUUGCUCCAGGCUGCCAACCCCAACCUAAAUGUGGUAACUUAGCAGGCAGUGAAACUGGUGUUUGGGGAGUCUGAGAGAAGUGUGACUGCUCAUGGUAAAUUUAACACUCUGCACGCACAAUGGGAGAAAACCUUCUGUGUGGUCCACUUAGAGCAGCUGCAGAAUACUAUUCAGGCAGGCACCCUAGCUGAGAAAGUUACAAACUAAACUCACCUACACCAGCUCCUGGUAGGGGCUGAGCUGAACAAGGGCAGAUGCUUCAGGUUUAAGCAUCUUCUCAAGAUGUAUGCAAACAAGCAGUAGCAGCUUCUCAAUUUCCUGGAGUUGAUCAGGAUGAUAAGGGAUAGGAAUAGAUGA